AGUUCCUGUGUCGUUAAAAAGAAAAUUAGACUAAAAAUGGAUAAUCAUAUAAGAUGGCUGCAAAGUGCAAACGAUUCAAGAAUGGAGGACGAUAUGAAAACUGCCGGUCAUUUAUUAGUAGAGUCGCAGCCUCAGCCGGAAUUGUUGGCGAACGGUGGUUCGAAUUCAGACUAUAUGGCUACCGAAGAUGAAUGCGACUCAACGAGUAUCGAUCAAAUCGCCGCUGAGAAUUUAAUUUUCAUGGCCCGCGAUGGACAAAUGGUUACUGAAAUUAUUACUACACAAGGUAUAGAUUCUAAUGGAGCCGUAGUAGUGGCAGCUAGUGAUGGUACACAAAUCGAUUGCGAAGCAGUUAUGGCACAAGCCGGCUUACUGCAACAACAUGAAGAUUUGUCUGAUUCAGGUGGUGGUGUAUAUGUUGAUGGCACUAAUGUACAACAAUACAGAGAGAAUACACCGCAAAUGGUCACCGAGGAGGUAAUAACGGAUGAUUGGGUGCAACAUCAGGGCGAGGAAAGAGUUGAAAUACCUGCCGACCAAAUUAUUGGUUCCAACUCGCAAGUCUUAUUAGACAUUGAGGUGCCUUUACCCACGGUUCAAGAUGAAUACACCGCUUUGCGACCGUACCCGUGUGAUUUUUGCAGUCGUCGUUUCCGCAAGAAGGCCAGCCUAAUGAAUCACAUUGUGGCCCAUCAAAAUGAUCGACCCCAUCUUUGCAAGUUAUGUGGAUCUCGGUUUCUAAGACGACAAGACUUGAUUAAUCAUUUAAAGGCCCACGCUGAGGAGCCUUCUGAACCACAGUUAGAUGACAGUGAUUAUAUGCAGUUUGUUGCCGAUACUGUACCAAACCAAUCAAAUUCCAGUGAAAAUUAUUACGAACAAGAAUGGAAUAUGUCGGCUGACACAGUUAGUACUCCUACAAAAUGUAGUCAACGAUUACAGUCUGCUAAACAGAAUAUAAACACCUGUUCUCCAACCUCUUCUAAAGCUGCAGAUAUACAAUGCAGAGGUCGCAUUAGUCGUCUUAAACCAAAAGGGGAAAUAUCAACAUUUGAAAUUAUAGACGUACAAAGUGCUCGCACAUCGGAGGCUUCCCAACUAGCUUACGAAUCUAUAAUGGAUUCAGUUCAAAGUCAUAGCCUGUCACCUUUAACGGGUGCCAUUAAGGCAACCUCGGAUAACGUAACUGCACAAGAUUCAGAUAAGCAAGUUCAACGAUUUCCAAUUAUCGACAGUGGUAAACCAUUUGUCUGUCAGCAAUGCGGGCUUUCAUUCGCUCGCGAAAAAGCUUUGCUUUCGCAUGGAAAGUCGCAUUCUCGUGAGUCGCCUCAUGAAUGCUCGCAAUGUAAUGAAAUGUUCUUAGAUCACAUUAGCCUGCAGGAGCAUCAAAAAACUCAUAAUUUCGAGGAGAGCAAUUCUGAAUAUGACCCUAACGAAGGCGGAGAGGACGAUGAAGAUGAAGACUUAGAGGAAACGCAAACAGAAACAGAGUCCGAGCAACAACUAUACGGCGACUUUUAUUGCAGCAAAUGUGGCAUGUCAUUUCAUAGACUCGAUCUGUUAAAGAGACAUGCCAAAUUACACAACAAAACACAAACAGAAGAAAGCGGAAUUGGUGGCGAUGAGGACAUUAGAUAUCGCCAUUGUUGCAAUACUUGCGGCGAAUCGUUUGCAGAGGCUUUGGACUUGUUAGCCCACGCUGAAAUUCAUGCCCGAUAUCCUCCAUUUAAAUGCAUUCUUUGCGGUGAAUCAUUUUUCGAAGAAACAUCUAUUAAACGUCAUUUACAAACCCAACACGUCGGUGAAAUGACCGAAAAUUCUUGCAUACUUUGUGGGAAGGUGUGCCGUGACCGUAAAGCUCUCAUCAAGCAUGCCUGGGAUCAUUCCCGUGAAAAAUGUCACUCAUGCUCGAAAUGUGGCAAGAAUUUCCAUAAUAAGGCCCGUCUCAAACGUCAUAUGUCCUCUCAUCGUGAUAAAUCAGUUCAAUGCGACGUUUGCCAUGAAGAUUUUCCAGACGGUCGCACGCUCUCGAACCAUCGUCAUUCGCAUAGUGCUACAUCUGCCGGAAAACUUUUUCCUUGCCUGGAAUGCGGUAAAACGUUCGGUUCACGCAGCUCUCAGCAGAUUCAUGUACGUAUACAUACUGGUGAGAGGCCUUAUGGUUGUCGUUUUUGUUGGAAAGCUUUUGCGGAUGGCGGUACAUUGCGUAAACAUGAACGCAUACAUACCGGAGAGAAACCUUACGUUUGCUCGGUCUGCCCUCGUGCCUUUAAUCAACGUGUUGUACUGCGCGAACAUAUACGUUCUCACCAUUCAGGCUUAGAUUCUACACGGGGAACUUACCAUUGCACAGUUUGCUCGGCAGAUUUGCAGUCAUCAGCUGAUUUAAUCCAGCACCUUAUACAACAUAGCGACACAAACACGGCUUUGCAAAGACAACCAGUGCCCGGGCCGCGCAAAUAUAAAAGGCGUCGUAAGUUAAAACCUCAUGAAAUAGCUCGUAUGCGUCGGGAAGGCAACCAAAUUGACCUUGGAAACACCAGCGAUAUCGAUUUAUCAGACUUUGACAUGGACACGGUCGAUGACUUACUGGGCAUCACAGAAACUACAGCCUCCCCAAACAAUGACAACAACGCUGCCACAACAAUGAUAAUGAAAAAGAGUAACGCUAACAGAUCUCAAGGUAGACGCACGAAGAGAAAAUCGACCAAAGAAACUAACAAUAAUAAAAGCAAAGUGAUUAAAAAUGAAGUAGAUUUAGAUUUGGAUGUAGAAAUAGUUGAUUGGGGAUCGAAAAAAUCAACGUUUAGUAGCGCUCACGGAUCAGUGAAGACGCAAAACCAUGUUGACGCGUUAUUGAAUAAUCUUGAGAAUACUUUAGAUAACAUAGACCAUCUGGUAGUGGACAAUAACACUCCUUCAACGCCAUGUACGACAAAGCGUGCAAAAUUAAAAACGAAUACGGCUACGUCAAGAACUCAAGAGCUUCAAUUAAAUAAAUCGACAAUAAGAGAACCUGCGAUGACAUCUGGUAAAGGACGUAAAAUGAGGUCUAGAAAAUCAGCCCAUAGACCGCAAAUGAUACGCACUGAGAAAAGGAAAUCGCUCACUGUGGAUGGAAAUAAAAAGAAGACAAUGUCCACCGUUACGCAUCUUGCUCAAUCCUCGACAAAUCAGGAUAAUUUACGCAAAAAGUCAAGUAUGGUUGAUGAUUAUGAGAUUAUUACGCCACAAUUGCAGCCACCAAAUCAAAUCAGUUCAAGUCCUUUACACAUAAAACAAGAGCAAUCUGAUCUCCACGGUCAAAGAAAUGAUAGUCAACUGCAUCAUCACCAGCAGCAUUCAAAUGAUUUGUAUGACGCGCAUUUGCUUUUAGAAGCUUCUGGACUGCGCAAUGAUUUAGACGAGAUACUGCAUUCGCCACUUAAAUCUGAAAAGGGCUGCCAUAGGCCGCGUUUUACUAGUGAAUCGUCUUCGCAAUUUAUGGCCGAGCAAUCAGAAGAAGAACAACAUUUUAUCAAAAUAGAACCUACUUCGCCUGAUUUGACAGAAAUUGUGAAUGGUGUUAGCUCGGGGACAGCUGGAGUAGAGUUAGAUUCCAGUCCUGAAUUGCAAAGGAAGGUUACCAUGCAACAGCGUCGAUCCACGCGAGGCUUAAAAACAGUAAAGCCUUUGAACAGCAGUCACCUACAAUUAGAAUUUACUUCGAAUGUGGCGGAACAUCCGACUACGCCGUCUAGAAGCACCAACAGUAGUAGCAUUAUUAGUAAUCAUUUGAAUCGGGGUAUUUGUAGUCCAACUACCAAUACAAGCGAUUUAACACCUAAAAGAAUACGCACAGUUCUAUCAAAUUCCACGUCGACUUUAAACAGAACACCGACUUUUCUUGAUUACGGUGUGGGAGAUAGCUUUACUCAAACUGAAUCUACAGCCACUUCAAAUGCCAGUAAUUCGUUUUCGUCGAUAUCGGCGGUAGUAUCAGCGGCGGAUGCCACUGCGGCAGCCGCUGCCCAGCAAAAUCCUUCCUCUACACGAAAACCUCAACGUUAUUUUGAAUGUGAGAUGUGUUCUGCCACCUUCUCCGAUAGAGCUCAACUACUUGAUCAUGUACCGGUACAUAUUUAGUGCAUCCAAGAAAUUUCAUAAGUGCCAAGACGAAUGACAGCUCGGUUAAUGACUUUUUACAGUUAUCAAUAUGCAUAAAACCAAAAUGGUGUUCGUUUGUUUUAAAACCACAAAUAACAAUCUUCCCGUAGAUUUUAAUACGUUUUUUAUACUAAACCCGAUCCAGAAAGAAAGAAACAAUUUCAAGAAUUUCCAGAAAUUCUCUUUUACCGACAAUAUACAUGCUUUCUAUGAAGACUCAUUAGCUAAGAUUUCUUUUUUGUUGUUUUUUAUUUUUUUUUUUUUAUUUUGUUUCGCUGUUUCACAAAAUUAUUUAUAAAUA